AUGGCACUCAAACUCGACAUGAGCAAGGCUUAUGAUCUUGUUGGUUGGCCUUUCUUGGAAGCUAUGAUGCUUAGAAUGGGUUUUUGCUGCAAAGUAGUCUCCCACAUUAUGUGUUGUGUGUCCACGGUUACUUAUAAUGUUACUUAUGGAGGGAAGAUUAUGGGGCCUAUUUAUCCUGGGAGAGGUAUUAGGCAGGGAGAUCCACUAUCCUCCUACCUAUUUUUGGUGUGUGCUGAGGGACUUUCUUCUCUAUUGCAACAAUAUGAACGCAAUCGUUGGUUGACUGGCUGCCAAGUUGCUAGAGGAGCCCCUCGUGUUUCUCAUAUGCUAUUUGUUGACGAUAGCUAUGUGUACUGUAAGACUAAUGAGGAUGAAGCUGCAAGAGUGUUACAACUCCUUCAAGUGUAUCAACGAACUUCUGGUCAGCAGGUGAAUUAUGCUAAGUCAUCCAUCUUUUUCAGUAAUAAUACUAGUGUUGAUACUAGACAAAGAAUGUGUGAGAUGUUGGGGAUGGUGGAGGCUUUGGAUAAUAGCUUUUACUUGGGUUUGCCGUGCAUUAUGGGAAUGAAUAAAAAUGCUAUCUUGGGUUUCGUUAAGGACAAAAUGCAAAAGAAAAUCUUCUCUUGGGAAAGUCGUUUUUUGUCAAAGGCGGGCAAGGAAGUUUUGAUUAAGUCAGUUGCUCAAGCAUUGCCUUUCUAUGCUAUAAGUGUGUUCUUGUUGACAAAAGAGAUUUUUUCUAACCUUGAGGGUUUAAUGUCUAAAUUUUGGUGGAAAUCUCAAGCAAACUCUUCUAGUAAGAGUGUAAGUUGGAUGAGUUGGAAGAGGUUUUGUCGACACAAAUAUAAUGGUGGUAUUGGCUUUCGGGAUCUUCAUAAUUAUAAUUUAACUUUUCUUGGUAAAAGGAAAAUCUCUAAGAAAAAGUUAAUGUACUCUUACCUUUAA